AUGGCUCCCAUCCAACACAGCCGAUCAACAUCGUCAUCAACCAUGUUCAACCGCAUCAAGGACAAGUUCUCUAGCAAGCGAAUCACCUGCACAGGUCAGAACAUGAACUCAAACAACCCAUUUGCCGACAACUUCGUCGACGCGCCUCCCGCUUACUCCCCCGUGGAUGAAAGCAGAGCUAGGUCUAGAAAGCCUACGCAUCUCAACGUCGGGGCCGGCCGUCGCGGCGCUUCGCCAUCUCCCAGCCUUGCCAGUAUCACCAGCGCCGAGGACAAGUAUGCCUUCCUCUCCACCUUUGACACCAUCUUUGUCAUCGAUGACUCUGGCUCCAUGUCUGGUCGCUCGUGGCGAGAGACUCGUGAUGCCCUCGCCGCCAUCACACCAAUCUGCACAGCCCACGACCCAGAUGGAAUCGACGUCUACUUUCUGAACCACCGCUCCCACGGCUCCGGAUCCGAAGGCCAGGCUCCCGGCGGAUACUACAACCUCCGCGACGUUCAACAGGUAGAGUGCCUUUUCAACUCCGUCCGCCCAUCAGGCGCCACCCCCACGGGAAACCGUCUGCAGAGCAUUCUUAAGCCAUACAUCGCCAGCCUGUCCCGUCGACCUGACAGCAUGGACACGACCAAGCCGGUUAAUGUCAUCGUCAUCACCGACGGGGCUGCUUCGGAUGACCCUGAGUCCAUCAUCGUGCACAAUGCCCGAAAGCUCGACACCCUCGAGGCGCCUCCUCACCAGGUGGGCAUCCAGUUCUUCCAGGUUGGCAACGAGUACGGUGCUGCCGCCGCUCUACGACAGCUGGACGAUGAUCUGGCAGAGCAGGGUAUUCGCGACAUGGUCGACACGGCCACUUGGAGUACCAACGGCUUGAAGGCCGAUGGCAUCCUCAAGGUUGUUCUCGGCGCCGUAGUACGACGCCUGGAUCGUCAGUCUAUCCGCAACUCUGUGGACAGCCGCCGCCAAUAA